AUGAAGGACAUACAAAGGUCGAUUGCAAUGAAGUUGAAUAAGGUUGACUAUACCGAAGUGAAGCUGGUGAAUGGAUAUGAGGAUACUGAGAGUGUGUAUAAGGGAUUCAGGGACAAGCUGAAGGAGAUAAUUGAGAGUAUUUCAUGGCUGAAGACGUAUGAGUAUGGAGGCAGCACGAUGAAAUCUGUGUAUUCGAAGGUGAAUCUGAUUUCGUCGACAUCGAAGAUUGGGAAUUUCAGCAACCACGACAUAUAUGAGACGAAUGGGAUGGUUGGGCUGGAGCUGUCGAAGAUCGGAGUAUCUUCUGGGCUGAGCGAUAUUGGAAUGAAGUACUAUCAGGCAUAUGCAGAGAUAUCUAGAUUGAAGGAUGAGAUGAAUAAGAAGCUUGAGGAGCAGAUCAACAAGAUAUCUAAGCUGAGGGAUAAGUCGAAUAUGAUUGAUAAGAGUCGCAAGAAGAUAAUUAAUCUGAGGUAUGAUCUUGAGAUGGAAAGAAGGUCAAAGUCCAAUAAGACGCCGGAGUCAACGAAGAAAGAAAGCGAUAUGGAACAGGAACUGGAAAACAGUGCACUGAAGACAUUGAAUGAAAUGGAACUUUUUGUUGGAAACAAGGGGAUUUCAGGAGUGUUGCAGAAAGUUGCAGAGGCGCACCUAGAGUUUUGCGAAAAGAGCGCCAAGGCUCUAAAAGAAUGCACAAGGUGA